AUGAGUGAAAUUCAAGUCUACGAGCAGAAUCCUGUCUCUAACCGUGACCCUAAGCCUAUCAAAUAUUUCCACAAUGCUCGACUGAAUGCAGCCAGACUUGAACUUAACGUUGAGCUCAUUUCAGAAGAAUCUGAGCGAAAAGAAGUCGAUUCCCUGCCAACUGAACCACAUAAUGAAUUAUCCCCUCAAAAAUCCCCAAAGGCUGAAACUUACCUCAAUGUCCUCGACGAUAAAAUAUCAGAGCCAAGCGGUAUGAAAACUGGCUCAUUGGAGUAUUCAUUUUCUGAAGAUCCCAGCAAUUUGACAUACCAUAUCAGCGACACAGUCAGUGGCUUUAACAACUCACUUGCUGAUCGUCUUCCGAAAUUUUCAACAGCGUCCUUGACAUUAAGCGAAGCUUCCAGUCUCCACCCUUCCAAUGACAUCAAUUUCAGAAGUUCACUCAUUGAAUACAAAGAAUCAAUCGGCCAAGAUUCAAACCCUUUCGACAUUAUGGUCACUGAAGAGGAAGAUCCGAGUGAUUUAAAAAAUCCUAUAAGGAUUGACUCCACUACACCUAUUGAAUCUCCCAAAGAAGGAGGACUCACAAUACAACAAAUUAAAGACCAGCUGAACAUAGUAGAUAUAAAAUUCAAUUUCGUAGACGAAGAAGUCAGCGACGAAAUAGAAGACUCAGACUAUGAGCUGCCAAAUGAAGAUAACAAAAAAGUUGUUGAAAACAACAAAACAAGCGGAAUUUAUAAAACAAGCAGUGAAAGCAAUGAAGAAUCAAAAACCAAUACGCUACAGAUGGAAGGCCAAGGACGAAGCUGUGGCUGCAACCUGUGUACGGUCUUUUAA